UGACCUUUAUCAUUUACGUGGAAUAUGUACUGUGUGAAAGUGAGAAAAUUGAUAGUAUAUACGAAGUGAUUAUUUCUGCCAUAACCGGUAAUUCGCCUCCAAGCGUUAUUUAGCCGUGAGCACGUCACUGCAAAAUAACCAAUUCCCACCAGGCCAAUAAUAUACCGAUUGACUAAUCAGAGCAGUUCACUACAAAAGAAAAAUAACGCUUUGCGAGUUGCCGGUUACGGUAAUAAUAACCACUGCCUAGACUAUUGAAUCCAAGCAGCUAAUUGGGGCAAAAAUUAAAGUUUACUCACCAGUAAUAAAAUGUCGGCUGCAAACGUAAAUGUGCUUGGAUUUAGGUUCCCACAGGCGAAAAUAGUCCACAGAACCGUCUUCUUUUACUGUUCCUCGAUUAAUUGCUCUCAGCCAUUUGUUUCUCCUUUUCUUCUCACGUGGAAGAAUGAAGAACUUCAAAUGCUGCUCCGAACUCUUCCUUGUGUGACAACCCGCAACACAGCAACUUUUAGUCAUUCCGACGGAAAAAAGACCGCAAAUAAAAUGGAAGUUAAAUGCGUUUGUAUUACAAUGCACGACAGAGCAACUGCUUGUGACUCGUCUUUUGCCCCAUUGUCAAUAUGGCGACGCUUUGUUGUGGCUGGUGACGUCAUUAAAUGCCCGGAUGUCCGACUUCCUCUAUAUGAAACUUGUUAACUCAUUCACCCAUAGCUAUAGCAGUCAAAUGUCAAUGUUAUCUUUAUGGGAGAGCAAAACUUAUUAUAAAUAUCAAUGUCAUUUGCCUUUCGUAUAAACCGAGGGGAAAUGAUUAAAAUCAGUUUUAUUUUAAGCCAUUCCACAGUCAUAGUAGUAAUUACAAUACAGUAUUAAUUUAUGUACUGAAGAAGUGUUUUUUCCCCUCGUCUGUGAAUAAAAUGUCACCUUUUUUAAAUAUCAAGCAGCUUUUGUUUCUCCAGUUUCUCCCAGAAUGUUUCCCUCUUGUUCACUUCCUAAAAUGUCCAUAUUUGUUGUAAACGUGUAGAUUAACAACGCCUAAAUAUUCGUUCCUCCCAUUUGAUGAACAGGAGUUUACGACAAAACACUCGGCACGUUGGGAAAUGUAGUCUUACUCUUCCCACACACGUUCGAUGUUAAACGCGUGUAUUUACGAAUUAAAACUACAAUCUCCAAAAACCGCCUGCUGCAUUAUGCUGGCACUACCUCACGGUUAGUAGUUUUCUGGAACAGGAAACAAACAAUAGAAAGCGACUCGACGUAAAGUUUGGACUACAACUCCCAGCAUUUAGGCAAGCCAACCCUCCUCUGUUCUUCCCGCUGUCUUCCCCGAGCGCCCCUGUUUUCUUGUUUGGCUAAAGAUGGCGUUAGCGGCUAACACAGGCGAUUGGUUUUUGUGUCACACGGACUUUUUGGACGGUUGCGGCGCAGCAUCGAGUAAUCAUAGCUUUGCCUCGUCACUCGGUGUGUGAAAAUAUGUUACAUUAGCCAAACACGCGUCAGGGAGCCGGAAAAACGAUUGGCUGGCCUUCGACACGACAUAGGCCUGUUUUGCGGUGAGCAGAGGGAAAGCGGGCGGGACUUCAUUUCCCAUGAGCAACCGCGGCAUCAGGUGGUACAGUAUUCUUUUCCGUGUCGGAAAUAGUAUUAUACUGACGCGGGCGUUUUUCAAUUUUCUAAUGACAGUAUGAAUGAACUCAAUUAUGGCACCGUUGGAACGUGAUAGACAAAUGAAAUGGUGUUAAAGCAAACAAAGUUGUGUUCUGCAGUUGUUGGAAACGUGUCUGUGAAUGAAAUUGCAAAGAAAAGUUAAAAGACUAGUGAGCCAGUAGGCUGGCUACAUGGUUUAAAAACAAACAAACAAACAAAAAAAACAUGACAGCUUUACCUAUACAAAGUGUCCGGAAGCAGUGCCGAGCCUCUUCCAACAGGGAAGGGUCUCCAUCUGCACCCGAGUCCUCCUUGACCUGGUGCCUGGCCCACCUGAGCAAACCGCCACCUGAUUCAGAAGUAGAACUGGUCAAGAGGUCUCGAUUCGCCCAGUGGCGCGCACUGGUCGCCAUCCGAACGCAGCACAUUAAAGGCGACAAGGCCGGCAUCACCCGCUUCCGGACUCAAGGGGGUCUGCGGCCCUUGCUGGACCUGCUCGGCCACCCGGGCUGCUCUAGGAAGACUCUGGACUUGACCCUCAGCAUCCUGGCCAACUGCUGUACUGAACAGGAGACGCGCAUCGCGGUCCGCAAGCUUGAUGGAAUCAAGAUUGUUGUGGAUGUGAUGAAGAGGAAUGUGGCCCAUGAAACCAUCCAGAACCGAGCUGCGCGGGCUUUGGGGAAUCUCGCCAUGGACUCGGAGAACUCUGCGCUGAUCCACUCGGCCGGCGGUGUUCCUCUACUCCUCCUGUGCAUGUCACUGCCAUCCACACCGUCCUCACCCACCUCAACGCCGCCAAUAGAUGCCUGCCCCAAGCUGGAGUGCGCCCAGUCGGCCUCGCGGGCCCUCCUCUACCUGUCGGACGCGCCGGCCAACCGCCUAUCUCUGCUCACCCAAGGCGCCCUGUCCGCCGUCGCUCCCUUCGUCGCCACGGAGUUCCCACAAGGAUUGCGGCGGGCGGCCCUGAAGACUCUCCACGAGCUCACCCGAAGCUGUGGCCCCGAAUGCGCCCGGGAGGCGUCCCGCUCGGGGGUCUUGGCCCAGCUGGGCAUCAUGGCCUCGGGAGAGGCCGGGAAGCCGUUCGAAGAGCUGGCGCUGAAGACCCUCGCCAACUUGUGCUCACAGGGAUGCCUGCGCCCCUUGGUGGGCUCCCUCGGGGUGAUCCCCAAGUUCACGGCGGAGGCCAAAAAAGACCCCCACAAAUCGGGGGUCUUCUUCAGGGCGCUGUGUCUGUGCUGCAAGGAGGCGGUCAACCGCGCAAAGGUGAAGGAGAGCGGCGGGCUGGAGGUUCUGGUGGGCUUUCUAGCAGCGCACCCAAGUCACCCCCUGGCGCGGCUUGCCAUCCUGGCGUGCGUGGACUUUGUCUUCGACGAGUCGGCCGUGGAGCAGCUGCAGGACUUGGGGCUGGUGCCCCUGCUGGUGGCUCGGUUGGAGGCGCUCACCGUCGGCGACAAGACUGAGGCGGAGGCUGGCGGGGGCGCUUCUUCGGCAUCCGCUCAAAGCGAGUCGCUGUCGCCGUCCUGCUUGGACUCCUUUGACUUUGCACCUUUCGAGGACUGCAAGAAGGAUGAGGGUGGAAAAGAACAAGGAUCCUCCAGCUUCCUUAGACUCAGGUCAUGGCUGCUCUCCGAGGGUAUGAUCUCCAGUGAAGAGGACUUACUGGAUUCCUCCAACAGCGCCGACGGGGACUGGGCGUCGUCCCCUGCUCAAAGCUCACCCAAACCAGACUGCCUCACUCCGUUAAAACCGCGCUCUCCUCUCAACGCCGCUACCUCAAAGAAAGAAGCUCUCAGUUCCUCGCCGUCGCCAUGGAAAGCGGCGUCCCCGACCUCCAAGUUCUCGUCACCACACAGGAGGCGGCAACGGACACCAGGGGCAAUUUCCUCGUCGGCCGAGCUCACCGUCGACGCGCCUCCGUUGGCGCCGCGGCCAUUCGCUUACCGGCAUCCGUACCACCCUGAACCCUGGACGCCCGAGUCGCCCGUCCUGCUGCUGCUGUCGCGCUUCUCCCACGCUGCGGAACCCAGCCCCGCCCUGCUCACUUCAGGUACCGUGUCGGGACUGCUACGCUAUCUGGGCCAGCACCGGGACCCCAGCGGGCGCUGCUUCCGCCUGCUAUGCCGGCUCAGCUGCAACCCAGGCUGCCUCCGGGCGCUGGUCCGCACCGGUGCCGUGGCCCUCAUUCACCACAAACUCUGCCAGAGCGACGACGGGGUCGGGCGGCAACAAGAUCGAGUCAGAACCAAGGUCAAACAGCUCGGUGUGACUCUCCUCAACAAUCUACACAUCCAGUGCGAGUCGUCGUUCGGCGCGGGGAUCGUAACGCACGUCAUGCUUUCGGGCUCUGAGGCGGACCGAGUCAACUGCGCGCUCUCCCUGCCUUUGAUCAGCAGCAACAAACUUCUGUUGCGGAAACUCCUCAUAGAAUCAGGCAGCUUUCUCUUGGCCCUGCAGCCGCUGAGUUGCCGCGACGAUGCAGACUCCCACACUCCGGAAUGUAAACGUCUGCUUUCCGCCUGGCCCGACUCCGCGGACCACUCGCUCUACUUCUGCCUCCUGAUGGGCUGCUUGUCCCCGCUUGUGUCGAGCAUCAAGCCCGACCUCGGACGCGCGAUUCAACUUGGAGGCGCUGACCGAGCUGCCCCGCCUCCAUGUAAAAAGCCCCGCCACGCCGACAUCUGCCCGUACGCCACGUCCGACUUUGACCUCCUGCUGCUCCUGGACGACGGGGUGGAGAUCCCCGCCAACAGAGACGCUUUGGCCGGGACAGGCUCGGAGUACUUCCGGGCUUUGCUGAACGGCGCUUUCGGCGAGGCGAAUUCCGAAGGAGCCAUCCGGAUUAAAGAUGUGACUGAAGGCAUGUUGGUGCCUGUGCUUCACUACCUCCACGGAUGCCGGCUGGUGGCGCCCAACCAGACAGAAAAAUGCCAGUUUUUGGACUCUCUUGGCUUCGUAUCCUGCCGGUCGGAGGAGCCCAGCUUCCAAGAUUCUCCGUUAGGCGCCACCAUGACUGGAGCGUGCAGAUUCCUUGCCACGGAACUUAAAGUAGAGCUGGAGGAGCGCUGUGUGGCUCGACUGCUUUCCGAAACCAUCGUAACGACGCCCAAAAUGGAUCGCGUGACAGCGCCCCCUGCGGGAGGUGACCGGGAUACCGUAGAAGAACACCUUGCUAGCAGGACGUCCGAGCUGGAUCUGACCUGCGUACAACCUCAACUGGAGACUUUGUUAGAGAAAAAUGUGGAAACCAGCACUUUCACUCACAAAAAAGAGAAAGCAGAUACUAUUUACAAAGUUAAAAGUUUUAAGUCCCUCCCGGAAAACGAGAAAUCAGUGUUGAAAAGCUCGGCUCAGCUCCUCAAAGAAGCACUACCGGAGGAAGAAGCGGAAGGAGGCGCGGGAGGGGCGGUCGCCGUCCUCUUGCCGCAGAUGUACGGCUUCGCGCAGCGCUACAGCUACCCGGCGCUGCGUCGGGCCUGCCUGGCUCUGUUGCUAGGAGGGCGGGACGCAGGGCGGCGCUCGCCCUUUUCGCCCCGCGAGGCCGCCCAAUGUCUGCGAGAGGUGGCGGGGCAAGCAGACUGCGUCGACACGCUCAAGCAGGAUCUUCUAAGUCUGGUGGCAGAUGCUCUAAAUUGAAGAAAUCAAGCUUAUGCAUGUUUGGAUUGCGCUCUUAUUUUUUUGUUUUCAUACGGAUGGACUUGGGGUGCCCAAAAAAUGGACUUACUCUUUAACAGCCCUUAUUUUGAUUUAGGUCUUAGCGUAAAUUCGUAAAACAAGUUGGCGGUAAAGCACUAUUUUUGUUCUAAAUGAAUCCCCUCAACUCACUUUUAACUCAUUGGCCGCCAUUAACGGCAAUUGACUUCUAAUCCAUUUGAACUAGGAGGCACUUGAUGUAUGAAAUAUAUAUAUAUAUACUUAUAGUGGUAGAAAGGUUUUGCCCCCAUUUUUUUAAAUUAAAAACUAAAAAAAUAUUUAUACUUGUGGUGACCCUUCAUUAUAUGUUCAUAAUUCACCCGUGGAACUUAUGUGGGAAAUUUUAGCAAUAUAAUUUUAGAAAUAUUUAGCCGUGUGCGUUUCCGGCACGAGAGACUACAGAGUCACGAGAAAGUCACGAGCGGCCGAAC